CGCCGAGCGGGAGUAAUGAGAGAGUUUAAUGAGGAUCGUUCGUCGAUGUCCUCGCGGGCUUUUCGAGCGCAUUUACGAUACGUUUACGAGACGCGGCCGCGUCGGGCUUGUCAUACGGCGUGAUAUAAGCCCGCGACACCUCUGCAUCAAGAUGCUCGACAAUUUGGAACAGAUGCCCAAGAGCGACACCAUCAAGCUGCGCGAAAGACACAUCGGGCAUUCCUGCAAGUUGUUCUACAGAUCCAAUCCGCUUAAGAUCGUCAGAGCCGAGGGUCAAUACAUGUACGAUGAGAAUGGAGAACGUUAUUUGGAUUGCAUCAACAAUGUAGCCCAUGUCGGUCACUGUCAUCCUCACGUCGUCCGAGCCGGUCAGCAACAAAUGGCCCUGCUGUCGACUAACAGUCGAUUCCUACAUGACAACCUGGUGACAUGUGCUCGCCGGUUGACCUCGCUGCUUCCGGAAUCAUUGUCGGUCUGCUUCCUGGUGAACUCCGGAAGCGAAGCGAACGACUUGGCCCUGCGCCUAGCGGAGGCGCACACGGGCCAGAAGGACGUCAUCGUUUUGGAUCACGCUUAUCAUGGACACCUGACCACGAUGAUCGACAUUUCGCCGUUCAAGUUCAAUCAGCCCAAGGGGACCGGGAAGAAGGACUGGGUUCACGUGGCACCGUGUCCGGACAUUUAUCGUGGUAAAUACCGGGAUGUGGAUCACCCCGAAGAGGACCUGGGCGUGAAGUAUGCCGAGGACGUGAGGAAAAUCUGCAAAGAUGUCAAAGCUGCCGGACGAGGAGUCAGAGCUUACAUAGCCGAAAGCCUCGUGUCCGUGGGCGGACAAAUUCUGCCUCCUAAAAAUUAUUUUAGGAACGUUUACAAAUAUGUUCGCGAAGCUGGGGGAGUGUGCAUCGCGGACGAGGUGCAAGUCGGUUUUGGGAGAGUCGGCAGUCACAUGUGGGCGUUUCAACUUUACGGGGAGGACGUCAUCCCGGACAUCGUGACUCUUGGCAAACCCAUGGGAAAUGGACACCCCGUGGCUGCGGUGGUCACCACUCAAAAGAUCGCCGCCAGUUUCCGGGACUCCGGGAUCGAGUAUUUCAAUACGUACGGAGGAAAUCCAGUGUCCUGUGCCGUGGCGAACGCGGUGAUGGACGUGAUCGAGGGUGAAAAGCUUCAAGAACAUGCCCUCAAGGUGGGAAAACACCUUCUGAGUAAGCUGAGGAAAUUGUCCGAGGUCUGGCUUAUCAUCGGCGACAUUCGCGGGGUUGGACUCUUCCUGGGGAUCGAGCUGGUCCGCGACAGGACGAAGAGGACCCCUGCGAUAGCGGAAGCUGAGUAUGUGGUAUCCAGACUGAGAGAGAUGCGGAUAUUGGUCAGCAGAGAUGGUCCAGAUUGCAACAUCCUGAAGCUGAAACCGCCCAUGGUCUUCGGCAUAGAGGACGCUGAUCACUUCAUCACCGCUCUUGACCAGGUGCUUCGAGAGAUCGAAAUUAACGCCGAUGAGUCUCGCGAGACCAGGAACACCAUUUUUAAAGCGGUUAUCUCAACAGUCGACAUGGAUGCGGAGACCGUUGCCAAUCAGGCGAAGCCACAACUCAUUCGGGCGAAUUGAUGAAUAAAUGCAAACGGAGAACAAUUUCACUAGUGGAGUAAACCGCGCACUAAACCAAUUUUGAUCCGGAUGUAUUUCAGGUGGAAAAGCCGCAACGGUGACGAUUAUUCUGUAACACGCGUUUCGUUUCUUGCCCCCGUCGAAACAUUUACCCUUGACUGGAUAUUAAAUGUCCGAAGCGGUUGAGAAUAUUGUUAACUGUUAAUUAAUCGUCCAUGAACAUGAAUUUCUCGAUGCAGAUGCUAUGGAAAUCUUAUUUUUAUUUUAUGUGUAUUUCAACCGCCGUACAACGUUGUAAUUUCGAGCUCUCUGUGUAACAUCUGUUAAUAACUGCGCGAAUUUAAUGAAGCUGUAAAUAAAAAUUUAUAUAGGAUUAAAGAUCUGUAAAUAAGUAAGUUAGUAUGUACUUGAAUAGAUUUAGAAUUAAAUGAGUAGAAUUAUAGAGUUAGGCAUGCUACACAUGGUUAGGGAUAACGUAAGUUGACUUGAUCGUCAUGUCUUUAUUAUGUCAUCGAAUAAGAGAAGUUGCUAUCUCGUAUUGUUACGUUCAGCAAAAAAAUAAAAAAUAAAAGAUGGCCAGAUGCGAAUCCA